AUGUCUUCCCUUCUCAAGAUAUUCAUUGUGGCGUACACCACGGCCUCUGCUCUCGCCGCGACGUACUCGCAGACAGAUAGCCAUAUCGGAUCCGACUUCCUCAAUGCCUUUUCACUGGAAGCAAUAUCGGACCCCACUCACGGUCGUGUGAAUUAUGUAGACGCUGGUACCGCCGCCAGCCAGAACCUCACAUUUACGUCUAGCAACACCUUCAUUAUGCGUGCUGACUUCAAGAAGACAUUGGACCCAAAUGGUCCCGGCAGAAAUUCUGUCAGGAUGAUGUCAAACAAACAGUACACUACCUCUGUCAUGGUAUUUAACAUUCGACAUAUGCCUCAGGGGUGCGGAACGUGGCCCGCUGUUUGGACGGUAGGCGCUGACUGGCCGAAUCAGGGGGAGAUCGAUAUCCUGGAAGGAGUCAACGACCAGGGUCCUGACCAAGUGACAUUGCACACUGGCAACGGAGGAUGUACCAUGCCUUCUUCUCGAUCACAAACCGGAUCGAUCGUCGGGGAUGAUUGCGAUACAGCAGAUACAAACAAUGCUGGUUGCAGCGUCAAGGUCGAUGACUCACGGAGCUAUGGACCGACCUUCAACUCGAACGGGGGAGGAUGGUAUGCAGUGGAGCGUACGAAUUCUUUCAUCAAGGUCUGGUUCUGGGCCAGAAAUGCUGGAGGUAUUCCUUCGGACGUUUCAAGCGGCUCCACCACAGUGGACACUGAUAACUGGGGUACUCCCCGAGCUUUCUUCCCAAGCACCAGCUGUUCUAUCUCUGAGAAAUUUGGUCCUCACAACAUCAUUUUCGAUUGCGGUGACUGGGCGGGCGCGGUUUACGGGAACUCUGGAUGUCCUUCUACUUGUGUCGGUUUAGACUUUGUCAACAACAAUCCUUCAGCGUUUACUAACGCUUACUUCGAUUUCGCUUGGCUCAAGAUCUAUACUUAA